UAUAUGGAGUUUAAUAACCCAAGUCUAGCAAAAGUGUUUUAAAAUUUUCAUGUAAAUGAUCUUGUAGAUACUUCAAGUGCUCACGCGUUUAAUAGAAGAGUUUUCCUGUCAGACUUCUAUUAUGAUUAAUGAACCCACCCCCGGCACCGAGGUUGACAUCAACGACGUGUUCGAUGAUCUGCUGCUAGUAGAGGAACGUCUAUCGGACGAGAGUUAUCAGCGAGGGUUGGAAGCCGGUGCCAAACAGGGGAACGUGGACGCCUAUCACUUUGGGUACCACCGGGGAGCGGAGAUUGGUGCAGAGCUGGGAUUUUACUACGGUGUUGUUUGCGCUCAGGAGGGGUGUUUCGUUGAGGGAGCAGAACCAAGCAAGGCGGAAGUUUUGCUGAAAGAGCUGAAGAAGGAGAUUGAGGAAUUCCCGACCUACAACGAUCUGGAAGUGGAUCUGCUGGAACGGCUGCUAAAGCUGCGGAACAAGUACAAGAAGUUGUGUGUGCUGUUGAAGAUUUCCGCCAAGUACACGAAACCGAAUGAGCUUUCGUUUUAA